AUGCGUUUCCUCCUCACCGCCACGAGCUUGUAUUACAUUCUGGCUGCGUCGGCCUCACCGACCCCACUGGUGCAUGAGUCGAAGCGAGGCCUUGACUUGAAUGCUGUCAAUGCGAACUGGGCUGCGGCCUACAGCAAGGCCAAGGCGGCAUUGACCAAAUAUAACCUCACAGAGAAAGUGGCACUGACAACGGGAGCUGGAUGGCAAGUUGAAGGCUGCGUUGGCAAUAUUCCCGCCAUUCCAUCCCAAAAUUUCCCUGGUAUUUGUCUCCAGGAUGCGCCUUCGGGUGUUCGUCUCGCCACCGAGGUCAGCUCAUUCCCUUCUGGCAUCAACACAGUGGCCACUUUCAACCGCGACCUUAUGUAUCAACGUGCCGUCGCCAUGGGUGCCGAAUUCAAAGGAAAGGGUAUCGGCGUCGCGCUUUCGCCAAUGAUGAACAUCUUCCGAGCCCCGGCUGCUGGACGUGCAUUCGAGGGAUCUUCUGAGCCCUAUUUGACUGGAGUUGCCUCUGCUCUCACCGUUCAGGGUAUCCAAAGCCAAGGUGUUCAGGCCACCGCGAAACAUUGGCUGAAUAACGAGCAAGAGCAUUUCCGUGACUAUUCGUCCUCCAACGUCGACGAUCGUACUCAGCACGAGGUCUAUGCUUAUCCUUUCAUCCAAUCAAUCGUCGCCGGUGCUGCUUCGGUGAUGUGCUCCUAUAAUCGCGUCGACAACAAAUACGCCUGCUCAAACCCCGAGCUUCUCAAUGGCUUGCUGAAGAGUGACAUUGGUUUCAAGGGCUACGUAAUGUCCGAUUGGUGGGCCAACCACGCCACAUCGGACGCUUUGGCAGGUCUCGAUAUGACGAUGCCCGGUAACAAAGUCUACGGAAACGCUCCAGACUCGUAUUUCGGCCCAGAAUUGAUUGCAGCCGUCCAAAACGGCACUGUACCCCAAUCGCGAGUCGACGACAUGGCACUCAGAAUUCUUGCCGACAAGGGCUUCCCAGCGCCGAAUAUCUGGAGCUGGGACUUCAACGACCCAAGGAACAAGCACGUCGAUGUACAAGCUGACCAUAAGAAGAUCAUUCGACAAAUCGGCGCAGCAUCGACCGUCUUGUUGAAAAACAAGAAGGCACUCCCCUUCAAGAAGCCGCGCAGCCUCGCUUUGAUCGGUUCGGACGCUGCUGUCAAUCCUGCAGGCCCAAAUGCGUGCCCAGAUCGAGGUUGUAAUAAUGGAACCCUUGCUCAAGGCUGGGGAAGUGGUACAGUAGAGUAUCCGUACCUCGUGGAUCCUCUUUCAGCCAUCACCGCUCGCGCAAAACAGGACGGCACCGUCGUUUCGAGCUCCCUGAGCGACACCGACCUCGCCGCGGCCGCGGCUACUGCAAAGGGUAAAGAUGCUGCUAUUGUCUUCAUCACUGCAGACUCUGGGGAGGGGUACAUUACCGUGGAAGGUAACCAGGGUGACAGAAACGACCUAUUUGCAUGGCACGGUGGAGAUGAUCUCGUCAAAGCAGUAGCUGCCGUGAACCGCAACACCAUCGUCGUCGUUCAUGCUACCGGUCCCAUUUUGAUGGAAGCCUGGAUCGAGAAUCCCAAUGUCUCUGCUGUCCUCUGGGCUGGUGUCCCUGGUCAAGAAGCUGGCAACGCAAUCACCGACGUACUCUAUGGCGCAACCAAUCCUAGUGGUCGUUUACCGUUCACAAUUGCGAAGCAGCGCUCGGACUAUCCUGCGGACAUUUUGUACACCUCGACCGAGGAAAUUCCCCAGAUCAACUAUACCGAGGGUCUCCUCAUCGACUACCGGUGGUUCGACGCCAAGAAGAUUGCCCCCCGUUUCGAGUUUGGAUUCGGUCUGUCGUACACCAAGUUUGACUAUUCUGCAUUGGCAGUCUGGCCCUACGCAUCGAAGGGUGGACCUCGUCUGACGACUGAUCCAACUCUGUUUGAGAAUAUUGCAACUGUUACGUUCAUCCUCUGCAACAAGGGUCCCCUUGAAGGAACAGAGAUUCCUCAACUGUACCUCGAGUUCCCGAAGAGCGCCAACUCUCCUCCUCAGCUCCUCAAGGGCUUUGAAGCCGUUUCGCUCAAAAAGGGAGAGACCCGCGUCGUCAAAUUUGACCUCACGAGACAAGAUUUGUCCAUCUGGAAUACCAACGCUCAGCGCUGGGUCAUUCCAAGUGGCAGCUUUGGUGUCUCUGUUGGAGCAAGCUCGCGCGACAAGCGCCUCAAGGGAACUCUUGUUCUCUGGUAA